AUGGAGGAGGAGAGGAAGGCACUGCUGAACGUGAGAAGUGGCUUCCCUGAUGUCAAUAAGCAGCUAUCUCCAUGGAAGGGCAAUGAGUGUUGCAGUUGGGAAGGUGUAGGAUGCAACAACAUCACAGGUCAUGUCAUCAAACUUGACCUCUCUGUUCCUUACAUUAUUUCCAAUACAAACCAGGUGCAUCCUUCGUUGUUUCAUUUGAAGCAUUUGAAGUAUUUAGAUGUAAGUGGGAACGGCUUUCAUGGCCAAGUAAUUCCUGGCGCGAUUGGAUCUUUAACUCAAUUGAACUACUUGGACCUUUCGCAAUGUGAUUUCGGAGGAGAAAUUCCCCACCAACUUGGCAAUCUCUCCAACCUACACUACUUAAAUCUAAAUGAGAACGAGAUUUCUGGACAAAUACCAGCAUCUUUUGUCAAUCUCAGAAAUCUGCAGGUCCUGGACCUGCGCUUUAAUAACAUCAGCGGAAAGAUACCAGAAGAUAUUGGAAACCUCAGAAACAUACAAGACUUAAUUGUUGGAGGCUUACCAGAGACUAUCGGCAAUCUAACUGCGUUGCAGAAUUUGGACUUAUCAUAUAAUCAGAUUAAUGGAAAGAUACCAGAUUCAAUUGGAAAUCUGCUUCAGAUAGAACAUCUCGGUAUCUCUGAUAACAACCUAAGCGGAGGGAUCCCUGGUACCUUAGGAAGUCUAUGCAACUUGAGUAAAAUCAGUCUCUCUGGUAACAGUACAACCGGGAGAAUUGUUGAAUUCUUUGAACAACUAUCAAGAUGCAGAACUAACAAACCUCUGUCCCUUUACUUGCGUAACAAUCAGUUUAGUGGUCUUCUUCCGAGUUAUUUUGAGAGGCUUCAAAGAUUAACUGAUCUUGACCUCGGUUCCAAUCAACUGAGUGGCUCAGUUCCAGAAUCCUUGGGGAAAUUGUCUGCUUUAAAGUGGUUCAGCCUAUCUUCAAACCACUUGGUUGGAGACAUCACAGAAGCCCACUUUGCCAAUCUCACAAAUUUAGAUACAAUAGAUAUAUCUGACAACAACUUGUCAGUCAAAGUGAGCCAAGAUUGGCUUCCUCCAUUUCAAGCAAAAGAAAUUCUAAUGGGUUCUUGCAACUUGGGACCCAGAUUUCCUCCAUGGGUGCGGAACCAAACCAUUUUAAAUGUGCUAGACAUACCAAAUAAUGGAAUAUCAGAUGUUUUUCCUGAUUGGUUUUGGAGCUUGUGGUUAUCAGAAAUGCGGCUAAAUGUUUCUCACAAUCAUAUGAGAGGGAUGUUGCCGCCCUCUUUAAAAUUCUUGGAUGAUAUAACCACUUUCGAUUUAAGUCACAACAACUUUGAAGGCUUCAUUCCACAAAUGCAAUCUUGGACUUUGGACCUUUCUCACAAUUCCUUUUCUGGACCAAUUCCUAAAAGCAUGUUUGGUGAGUUUGGCAUUUCCUAUCUGAUGUUGUCCAAUAACAAACUGAAUGGUAGCAUUCCGUCUUCCAUUUGUAUACAAAGUGAUUUACAAAUUGUGAACCUCGCCAAUAAUGAUUUAUCUGGAACGCUCCCAGAUUGUUGGGGUAAUGCAUCAGAUAUAGGGAUUAUUGACGUUUCCAACAACAAAUUAUUUGGCAGGAUCCCCAUGACAUUUGGAUUCUUAACCGGAUUGCAAUCACUGCACAUGAAUAAUAAUAGUUUAUUUGGUACAAUUCCCUCAACUUUACAACACUGCAAUCAACUUGUAGUUAUUGACUUGAGUUGGAAUAAAUUGUCUGGAACUAUUCCCAACUGGUUUGGAAGGAGACUAUCAGCAUUGCGAGUUCUUUCUCUAAGGUCAAACAAUUUCACUGGUGCAAUUCUCGCACAACUCUCUCUUAUCUCAUCCCUUCAAGUGCUAGACCUGGCUCACAAUAAUCUUUUUGGGUCUUUGCCUCCAAGUUUUGGUAUGUUUAGCUCCAUGAUGGCAAGACAGAACAAAAAUGAAUCUUCUCCAUUAUAUGAUCGAUCCAUUUAUUACUCAGAGAGUGUCAUCAUAACUACUAAGGAUUCAGAACUUCUAUUCACCACUUCGCUUUCAAUUGUCACCAGCAUUGACCUCUCAAACAAUAAUCUCUCAGGUGGCAUUCCUAGAGAGAUCACAAACCUCCAAGGCCUUUGCUUCCUCAACUUGUCUUCGAAUCAUUUCUUAGGAAACAUACCAUAUGAGAUUGGUUUCAUGGGUCAACUAGAAUCACUUGAUCUUUCAAAGAAUCAAUUGUCGGGUAGAAUUCCUUCAAGCAUCUCUAAUUUAAAUUUUUUGGGCACCCUAAACUUAUCUUACAACAAUCUUAUUGGGAAAAUACCAAUGGGCACUCAGUUACAAACUUUCACCAACUUGUCCUAUAUCGGCAAUUCUAAGCUUUGUGGGGAGCCACUCCAAACCAAGUGUCCAAGCCACAACCCAACCAUUGAUAGUAGAGGGACAAAUGAAGAAGAGGGCAUGCAUGAAGACAAUGAGCAUGGAGGAAUUUGGUAUUUCAUUGGGUUUGCUCCUGGAUUUGUGCUUGGCUUCUGGGGAUUUUUAGGUGCAGUUAUGAUCAAGAGGAGCACAAGAAUCAAAUACAUCCUAAUCAUUGAUAGGAUUUGUGGUUGGUUUAUGUAUAUGUAAUCAAAA